GAUCUCCCUCCACUCUCAGUUUUUAAGGGACAGUGGCAUACAUAAUAUUUCAGCUAUUACAAAUACUUGGUCAAUGGUGGACUGGAGUUACAGAGAUUACAGGUCGAGCUCGAGUAUUUAUUGGCAAAAGAGAUGGCCAUGGGAAGUUGGGGGGCGAUUUUGAAACCUUGAAGAGCCUGCAUGGCUACCCCUGACUGCUCUUCAUCUUCGUACUCCACAAAUGCAAUGCCUGGCUUUGCUUCGAUCAUUCGGACUUCUUUGAAUCCUGGUUACUGGGCAAAGAGCAACUGCAACAUUGUGCUAGUUGUCUCGUGAGGUAAAUUCUGUAUAAAUAGAAUAUUGGUCGGUGCAACUUGCUCUUGUGCAUUCAUGUUCACUUGGUGGAAAGAAGCCUGGAUAUAUCAGAAGAAUGGAAUUCAUUUUUAGCAAUGUUGUUCAUUAGCUAGUGCACUUCCCCUUUUAUGC